CAUACAGUUUUGCAUUUGCAACAAAAUCAAACUGGCAUUAAGAUGACAAAGUUAGGAGUUUUACUUUUAAGUGCGUGUAUGUUUGUCAGUUUCCGCGACGUAGAAAGCAUCAACACUGCAGUAGUCGCUGGACAGCAGUUUCUGCAUUAUACCUUGGAGAAAAACGUUAACAACUUUAAUGAAACGGAGAGAAACAAAACAUGUUCGAUGUUCAUAAAAGACUUCAGAAAGUUUUGGUACAAUUCAAGCGGGGGGAAAUACUUGACCGAAUAUCUCUCGUUCUUAGAAGAGUGGUUAUGCCACGCCCAAUUUAGCCUGGAAUGUUUAAAACGACCUUAUGACUUCAACCAGUUUACUAAAACCACAUACGACCGAGCUUGUAACAGAUCCGUAUUCGAAACCCAAUGUUUUUCAUCUCUCGUGGCCGUCUCUUCUGUCAGAGGAAGAAACAGCUCGCAGAAAUGGAAUAAUCUCCUUCGUGCUCUAAAAACUUAUCAACUUAGCGAUGCAGAGUUACAAGAUCCCUGCAUACAAGUUGCUCUGUACGAUGCGGUUGUGUUGGAGAGAGGGAAAUACGGCUACUAUCACGAAAGCAAGCGACUCCUGUUGCCAUUUUGUCAAAUAUCCUGGUGUGGAAGGGACGCCGAGAAUAUAAACAGGAAUCCAAUAAAAGCAUGGAACUGUUUGCCUCACAUAUGCAAAGUGAACAUCAUUAUCACUAUGGUAAUCUGUUCAAUUCUAGCUGUUGCAAUCGUGGUUGCAAAUCUUUCAGUUAUUCUCGUGUUUGUGAUCAAUGAGAAGUUACGUAACAGCCAAGGUGUUUACAAGAUAUCUCUCGCAUGCGCUGAUUUUCUAGUUGGUGCAAUAGUUCUUCCGUCGUUUCCAAUCAGCUUAUCCAUGCAGUUGCACACUAAUGAAGGUAUGGGUUCAGAAUACAACGUUACCAAUUUAACAACAGCAGGCUUGCGAUUCGACGAAGUUCCCCAUCUGCCAGGAGCUUACGAAAUGUUCAAUAAAAGUUACCUGAACGCCAUCGGAUUUUUCACAACUACGUCUUUCAUCAUUUCCAUUUACUCACUUAUGGUGGCGAGUUUUGAUCGGUUUUCAAUCGUAAGAAAACCGCUCGCUUACUCAAAGGACGGAGCGAAAUUAUUGGCAAUCAGAGCAACUGUUAUUUUAUGGGUUUUAAGCAUCAUUUUGGGUAUUCUUCCACUUUUUAUCGGACCUUCUCUCAGGUAUGGUCUCGUUGCCUCAACUUUAAUUUCGACAAGUGGAACUGCCAGUUUGUACUUCUACGUCGUUGCACUUGCUUUUCCUUUAAUCGUCAUGUGGGUUUUGUCAAUCUCGACAUUUGUAAUGACUGUGAGGCACAACAAUCGAACACGAAAACUUGUCGCUUCUAAAAACAAGACUUUAAGCUCUCGAACAGAAAUACGAAUGGCAAGAACUUUAGGAAUUAUGGUCGGUGUGUUCACGCUUAGCUUGUUACCAGUGAUAUGUGUGAUCUUAGCUUCGCUGUUUUUGGUACAAAUUUAUCCCCAACGAAUUUCGUCGUUCAGAAUCCACGAUUUUUCAAUCCACAACUCAUUCGAGUUUGUCUCUGCUGUUAUUCUAGUGUGCAACAGUCUGUGGAACUUCUUUAUCUACAACGGAAGAAACGACGAUUUCCGCAUGGCUAACAAAAACAUGUACGGCUCUCUUACAAAGAGAUUUCACCUGCCGGCAAAAAUUUCAGUUACAUCAAGGAGCUGGACACCGAAAGCGGAACGCCGAAACAUUACUUCAGAAACAUCCAAGCAACCAAGUUCUCAACAGACAGACACAGCAACACCAUCCAACGGGAAGAAAAACUUUUCAACUGUUCAAUUAGACAACUCAUCCGUGAUGUCCGCACCAGUGACUAGCAAACUAUGACCCGAAUGAACUGUAAAUUUUCUUUAUUUUUAAUAAAGAAUACCUCAUGCGGAAUUCGAUUUGAUUUUCUCCUUUACUGUACAAUUGAAUUUCGUAGGUAUAGUUUUAAUUGAUUUUAUUAAUCAUUUGUGUGCAUUUGUGAUUUGUGAAUAAUAUUAUAUAUAUAUAUAUGCGUGUGUGUGUUUAUUUCUUGCAACUCGCACAGCGCAAAUAUAUUCAAGAA